UUUGGGGGACUUUGUCAUUCAUUCUAUAUAGAGAAUGCUCGCCAGGCAUUCAGCCUCUCACAUGCUAGGCAAGUACUCUACCACUGAGUUACUCCUCCAGCCCCCAUGCCAAUCUUUAUAUUCUCACAUUUGAUACAACUAUUUAGUGCAUAGCAGACACUGUUGAAAAAAGAGUUUGUUGAAUAAAUUCUCUAAUUUCCAGAUCAGCGUCCUGAUGAAUGAUGCACAGGUUAUCUCAAGAAUGCCCAGAAAAGAUUCCAACCAGUGGUGGUGAUAGAGUUUCAGGGAUCUUCCUAGAUAGGAUGGCCCAGAAAAGCAUGGAGGCUAGAAAUGGUAUCAUCAGCAUCUUUUGUGUGGGACUAUGCAGCAGAGUGAUUUUGUUUGUUUGUUUGUUUUAAAUCCAAGAAUAUGAAGUAAGAAAUAGGCGCCGGAGGGGUAGGUAAGUGAGAUUGGAGAAGUCAGCUGGGACUUUACCAGUAGAAUCUCCAAAUUCCCUGUUAAGAACUGGGGCUUAAGCCCAAUGAGGUGCCAUAUGCCUGUAAUCCCAGCUACUUGGAAGGCCUGAGGCAGGCCAGCCUGGGCAAUUUAGUGAGAUUCUGUCUCAAAUAAUAAAAAGGACUGGGGAAUGUGGCUUAUUUUAUACAUUGAUUCAACAAAUCUAAACCCCUCUUACCUGUUGGUUUCGAUGGGGACAGUGGAUAUACAUCACAGUCUAGUGGCUGGAUCUAGGGUGAUGUCAUCAGCAUCCUUUGGGGGUGUGGUCAGCAUUAGCUAGUCCAGUGGGUGAAACAGUAGAAAGGUAGAGCUACAGGGUGCUGGGGCAGGGGCAAGCAGAGGGGUGCUUAUGUAGUCUGGGCUAAGCAGUGUGUGUUUGCCAGUCAGGGAGCAAGCAAGGGGAGUUGUACUUUUUAGGCAGCCUAAAAGUACAAACCAAGAGCCAAAGGAAAGCCAGAGCCAAGCUUUCUUGGGGGGAAAUAAAACAAGUUUAGGGAAAUGGAGCCCCAGUGUGAGUGUAGGAUGGGCGACCAGAGGAGGUGCUUAUCUAAUUAGGAUGGAGGCAGAGCAGUUGUGCAAGAAUGAGAAAGGACAAGGUCAUCCCCAAGAGAAUUUAGGACUUGACUGGGUAUUGGGGAUGAUGGAGAGCAGGGGUGUCUAGGGUUUCUUGGUGGAGGGCAAGGGUGUGAUAAGUGAACUAGAAAAGGAAUUGGCCAAAUUUGAGGAUUAGUGAGAAUAAGGAGGUGGCCUAGAUCAAGCCCUUCAAUAUAAGGGCCCAGAAUCCUAGCCUUCUGGGGGCCCAUCUCACCCAACCCGUGGCUAUCGCAGAUCCUUUCAUUGCAGUUCCUGGGCUUAGUGAGUGUUCCUUUCCAACCGGUCCUAGUGUUGGAAGCCCUUCUCCUCAUCCUGGUGGUUGGGGCCUCUAGCCCAUAGUCCCCGAGUGUUAAAAUCUAUCCCCACUCCCUGUGGCUCGGAGACCCUUCCCGCACUUGCGUUCCUGAGGGUUCGGAGCCCCCGCCCUCCCACAAUCCUUGGGAGUGAGGACCCCAGCCUCUGCCGGCAUUCGGAGCCCCUCCCAGCAAAGGCUGAGGUCCUGGACUGGACCCUGCGAUGGGCGCUCUGGCUCUGGUGCUGGCGCUCUGGGGCUGGGCGCUGGGUCCGGCGAGGGCCCUGGACGCCUUGGGCCCUCACGCGGCCGUCCGUCUGGCCGAGCUGCUGACUCCGGAGGAGUGUGGCCAUUUCCGGUCACUCUUGGAGGCGUCAGAGCCCGACGUGGAGGCCGAGCUGGCCCGGCUUUCCGAGAAUCGUCUGGCGAAGCCCAAGCCGCUAACACUCAAGUCGGGGUCGCCAGGCCAGCUGUGGCGGCGGCGGCGGGAGGCGACCGAGGUCCCGACGAGCCAGGUGACCGAGCCCAAGAAAGUUUCCGACGAUUGCCGGGAAGCCCUGGCGUCCUGGCUGGCUGCCAAAGCCCUGUCCCUGUCUUGGGACCGUGUGGCCCGGGCCCUGCGGCGUACUGGUCGCCCCGAUGUGGCCCGGGAGCUCGGCAAGAACCUCCACCAGCAGGCGACGCUGCAGCUGCGCAAGUUCGGGCAGCACUACCUGCCACCUCCGGGAGUCGCCGCCCACGUCCCCGCCGCGGCGCCGCGGCCCCGGCGCACCUUGGAUCAUGCGCCCAACUGGGACGAGCUAGAGCUGAUCGUGGAGCGCCUGCCGCAGCCCCCGUACGAGCGGAGCCCCGCGGGCUGGGCCGGGCCGCUGGCGCUCGGCCUCCUUACAGGCUUCCUGGGAGCGUUGGGCUCCGGGGCUCUGCUUAUCCUGCUCACGCUGUGGAUCACCGGCCGCGAUGGCGACCGGGCGCGGCCCGGAGGCCGUGACCCACCCACCGUGCCCCGGCCCAGGCCAGCCGAGGCGCACCGCCGGUGGGAAACAGAGCCGCUCCUGACUAGAGAGCCGCUCGCGUCCCCAGCCCACCGGGCCCGGGUUGCAGCUGAGCCAGAUUGCCCCUCGCCGCCAUACCCUCCGUGGUGAAACGGGAGCACCAUGCUGCCUUGGACGUUUGAUAAAAAUGUUACAAAAUGCCCAGCGGAGGGAGCAGUCGGUUGUCAGUUGGGAAUGCCCGGCCUAGCCCAGCCCAUGGACUGCAGAUGGAACACGAGGGGCGCUGGUGCCAGUCUCGCAGGGUGGGGGCGGACCUCUCACUUCUUAACAGCCUUAGUUUUGCCUUAUCUUGCAGUUUUUCUCCCACUAAGAGCCACCACUUAUUGAACACAGUCUGUGUGCAGGGCUGGUGCAAAGAAGUUCUGUACAUUAUUUGAUAUUCUCCUCCAAACCCAAGAAGGAAGGUAUUUCUGUUAGACAUCAGGAAACCCUGCUCACAGUUCCUUAGUGCCAUAGUCAGGCUUUGAACUCAGAACCACUGACCUGAAAAUUUGAGUCCCAGAGAAAUGGUAUGUGCCGGAUGAGGGAGCUUGAGACACACGUGGGACCAAAACAAUAUGUACAGCUAGCUGCCCUGGGUUUGCUCUGAAGUGCUGCUGGAGUGUGCAGGGGCAGUGCAGGGAGAGGGGCGCCCACUUGCAGAGGCUGCUGCCUACCAGUUGCCCCACUCAGGCAAGGCUUCCUGAAGUUCUAGCUGGAGCCCAGGACCUUUCCCACCCACUUCUGAGUCCAGGGCUUGGGAGUGAGAGCCAUGACAGAAUGACAGGCCAAUCCAAGAGGAGAAUUGAAAACAAGAUUGACGUAACCCUUUAUUGCAAAUUCUAAAGUAAAAAGAUGUACAGUACAAAGUAAAAUUGAAAUUUCAGACUAUAAACCAAUCCACUUAUACAUUCUCAUUGCUUAGCAUUUCUGCCAUUUCCGCAUAAACAGAACAGGGAACAAGUUGAGGGGAUGAGGGAAGGAGGUACAGCAAGGGGGAAAAAAUGUGGAGAAUAAUCAGAAACCCCAGAAGCAAGUGAAAGGAGAGACAUUUCUCGACCUGCUGUUCUGGUGAUGAGAAGCGGGGGUGGUUGGAGCAGUGCAGUUUAAAAUGGCUCUCAGAAUAGCAGCAUUUAUGGUACCAUUUCAUCUUCCUUAAGUCCAAAUAAUACUUUGCCCUUCCCUAGUGCCUUUGCCUCUGUAUCUCAAAACGCUUUACAAAACAUUUAGUUAAAGCCUCACAACACCCCUGUGAGGUAGGUCAGUAUUAUUAUCCCCAUUUUACAGAUGGGGAAACUGAGGCACAGAGAGGUUAAGUGACUUGCCCAAGGCCACACAGCGAGCCAGUGGUCAAGCUAGGAAUAGAACCUAGGAGUUCUGUCCCUUUUCUGGAACCACUGGACCACGCUCCCCUUUACCUAUAUACACUCUUCACACACACACACACACCACAUGUGCACACCCGCCCACCCCACCCCACUUAGCCUCUAUGUACAGCAAACAGCAGUGGGGGGCAGGGGCAGGGAGUGCCUCAGGAGUAUUUUUAUAAAGGAAAUCUUGGUAAACUUGAAAAGGGAAUCCAAGAAAGCACAGAGCAGAGCCACAAUGAAGACUCUGGUGCAAAUCUUGGGCACCCCCCCCAACCAGAUUUCCUCUUCUCUCCUGAUGUCCCCCUGGUUGACUAGUUGCAGCUGAUUCUUUAGGGGGUACCUGAAAAUGAAUGAAGCUUUUUGCAAAACUUUGGGCAACAUCUGAGAAAAGAAAAGAGGCAUCAGUACAAAAGAUGCCCAGGACUCCAUAACGCAUGGCAAUCUCACAGCCACAGCAGCCUGGAGGCUGGGGCCCCAGGGGCCGGGAAUGGGAACGGACCUACGGGCCACAUCUCCAGAGUGGAGCUACUGGAGCGAGCUAGAGUGGGCACUUCAAGAUCCUCCUGAGUGUUCCUAGACCAGGAGACACAGCCUAGAGGGGGGUGUCCCUAAGGAGGGGUGCCCCUCUGCACAAAUAUGGACAGAACUAGUCUGCUGGUCUACCUGUGGGGGUGAUGGAGGGCAGGGCCCAGCACAAGCUAGCAGAGCAGAGGCUGUUGGGCAUUUUGUGCUUGCUCUAGCUUUGGAGCAUGGGGGGUAUUUUUUUUUUUUUUUUUUUUAAUAAACACACUGAUGGAAAAGGCAGAGGUGAGGCCAGUCCAGUUGGGUUGGCUGAAGUCAUAGCUGAGGGCUCUGCCAGGUGGAUUAGGUGAGAAGGGAGUUUUUAAGGGCCUCUAAGCACCAGCCUGGGGUGUGGGUACCACAUGCAAUGGUUCAGUGGGGAUCUGGGAAGGUGAAGACCUGGCUUUUCUCUCCAAUCUCAGUUUAGCCAGAAAUGCGAGACCCUCUGGUGUCUCUCUCUCCCGUUUCCCUUCUUUCCCCAAAUAUGCUAAGGUCCCAGUUCCCAGACCCCUCCCGGACUCAAGAAUUGGGACGGUCAAGCAACAAAUGCACACCAAGACAGGCUUCCCUUGUACAGUAAAAAGGGUCAUUUUUAUUUUGUUUCCUUUUGGCUUAUAGUAGUGAUGUAUUUUUUUUUUUUAAAAUCACGUCUCAUUUAGGGCAGCGUUGGCCUCCAUGCAUUCACUAAUACACUAUUGGUCUUUUACAGUUUACAUUGGUUGUGGCGAAAAAGAAAAGAACCCCCCGGGCACUGUGGCUCCAGGGGCUUUGACGGGCAUUUCUGUUUCUCUGCCCCAGCAACUUCUGAUGCCCAAAGCAGCUCACUGAGGAAGGAGCAAGAGAAGGUUGUGUUGACUUGGAAGUUUAUUCUUUUCUCACCCUCUGCUUUAAAUUAUGGACUCUCCUUAUCCUAAGCAAUAAGGAGGUUAAGGACAGAAGAGGGGAUUGGAAAGUGUUUUCACGCACAAACCAGCAACCAUGGCAGCUGCUGCUCAGUGGCUUUGGCUCUGCAUUUUAAAUUAACAGCAUCACACAUCUUUUUGCUUUUUGUCCUUUUUUUUAAAGGUGGAUUGUGGAGUAUAAAUACUGCACCAAGGACCCGGCUACAAAAAAUAAAUAUUUAUAUUAUAUUUAUAUAUCUAUAUAUAUAUAUGUGCAGUGAUACUGUGGCUGCUGCUGCUUUUUGAUUGGCUUUGUUAAUAUUUGGCAAAGCGUUGCCACUCACUCAGUGAGGGCGUGCAGAACGCCAUCGCUGAUUCUUUCAGUUCAAUGCCUGUUAACUGCGGGUGUAAACUGCUGGUGAUGGUGUCAUUUACUACCAAAGAGGUGUGGAGCAGGAUGGGUGAGUGAGAGAGUAAAUGAGUGGGUGGAGGGAUAGUGGGCGAGGGAUAAGAGGUGGGAAAAGUUAAAAAAGAAAAGAAAACCACAAAACUUCAGAUACAGCGGAGGUGGCUUCUUUCCUAUGAAGUUGGCUGAUGGGUGUCAGAUACCAAGGCCCAUGUGUUACUAAGGAGGUGGCCCGAUGGGCUGGGAUCAGGAGUGGAGGGGAGGAAAAAGGUCAGAUUUCAGAAAAAUCUCAUUAGUAGGCUCUAGUAGCUUAAUGACAUCACUAGCAUGAGCGCUUGUUGUACCUAGUGGGACUGGAUAGCUCUGUUGUCCAUCUAAAGACCUAAGAACAAUUAAGUUUAGCCAAAUCUUGCAUAGAAGUGGUUAGAAUUUAUUGCACAUUGGAACAAAAAUAUAUACUUUUUGUUGUUUUGGAAAAGACCAGUAGCAAUAAAAAAUUUUUUGUCUGUCUGUCUGGUUUGGGGAUGUACAUUGGCUGACAGCAUCUAAAUUCUAAGAAGAAAAAAAAGUAUAAAAAAUAAAAAUAAACAUGACAAUGGCAUAAGCCAGAAGCCAUUUCCUAUUUAAUAAGUUAAUUUGUAUUUACAAAAAGGCAUGCCAAUAAAAUAAAAUUAUAUA